UGUGCAUGGUAUCGACCAAAGUUUUAAUCAAACGAAAGAACAAUAUGCCGCUACCAACACGGGGGUUCCAUUGUUCAGCUCCACAUCACAAUAUUGCCAUGCAGAAGUUUUCAUUCAGAGUGCCCUUUAUAAGAGCGGGCAUGUCCACUGAAAGGUUGUGCUGUUCGCUUCCACAUCCCUCGCUCCCUUCGUAUUCCAUCUUCCUCCCCGUUGAGCGGGUUUUCUUCUCUUGAGCAACUAUGAUUGCUACCUUCAAUAUCGUAUCUUUCUUAUUCUUGCUAUUGCCCGUGUCCGUGUCGGCGCACGGUUAUGUAGGAUCCGUCACCAUCGACGGGAAAGUUUAUCAGGGCAACGUUCCUGGGGGUACCGCCAAUCCUAGUGUCAUUCGACAGGUCUCUACUAUCGACCCCGUUAAGGGUGCCACUAACCCGUCCUUGAACUGUGGAAUGAACGCUACCAUGGCUUCGGACGUCGCCAACGCCAAUCCCGGGAGCCAGAUUCUCGUUAGUUGGGUCGGUGGUGCUACUGGCGAUUCGGAGUGGCCGCACAACGUCGGACCUAUUAUGCAUUACAUGACCCAGUGUAGUGGUUCCUGCUCGUCUUUCGAUUCCACGAGUGCCGAGUGGUUCAAGAUCUCCGAGCUGGGACUCGAAACGAGUGACACGUGGUAUCAAGCUAAUCUGGACGUUGGACAGCCUGCAAAUGUCACCAUCCCUUCCAACAUCGAGCCUGGUAAUUACUUACUGCGCUCCGAAAUCAUCUCCCUUCAGAUCGCUACGUCGGUCGGCGGGGCCGAGUUCUACCCGGCCUGUAUCCAAUUGACAAUCGGAGGUUCAGGCACUGGUGCUCCGCAAAGCAACGAGGUGUGCCAAUUUCCCGGCGGCUACAGUGACACGGAUCCCGGAAUAUACACUCCCAACAUCUACAACCCUCCAAUCACCUACACCUUCCCAGGUCCCCCUGUUGCCGGUUUCGUAAACGGAAGCUCGAGCUCUGGUUCUGGCUCUGGCUCUGGGACGACAUCAAGUCCUGCGGCUACUGGCUCACCGACGUCUUCAAUGGCGCCUACUAACACAUCUUCCGUAUAUGCACCAUCAUCGUCCACUUCUCCCUCGUCCGUCGCCAAUACCGGAUCGACUUACCCAUCUUCGUCUCCGUCCGCAGGAACUAGCCAGACUUGUAAGCGGGCUGUCAAACGAAGCGCGAACCAGCAGCCACACAGACGUAGAUCCGCACGGUGGCGUCACUGAACACUCCGGUGCCUCGCUGCUGCUGACGAUGGAAGCGCAGCGUGGUCUGUGCGAGGUCGGUCCUGCCAUACCGAUACGUAACCGUAACUGCUUGCUGUGCAAGCUUUAGCAGCCAGAGAUUGUCCCGCGGGCAAUUUCAUGUAGCAACUGUUCUUUACUUGACACCGUUCGUUCUGUAGUUAGCUUCACGCAUUCAUUGUCGUCGUUCAGUGAGGCGUGUUCUUGUUCGCAGGUCGUGCUAGUCGCUCUCUCAUGCACACGCUAUGUCGUCACGAUGUAUUUUUACGCCUAGUCUGCAUCUGCUGGCUUGAUAGGUUAUUGUAAGUUGUACUUACAAGCCGUGAUAAUGUUAUUGAAGACCAAUUUGCACAUAAACAUACAGAGAAG